GCCGCUACGCGAUCAGCUUCUUUUCGGUGCAUUGAUGAUUGCCUCGACGCAGCGUGCGAUAUAUCGUCAGAGGCUUCAUGCCAUCAUCAUAUACUCGAUCGCUGACUGCUCCACAAUCGCAUCCGAGCUCCUAUCUUGAUGGGUUUUCACCAUGCCUUUGCCCGUGCCAUGGGUUUCUGCUGUCUAUGUCAGGAUUCGCUGCUUGAGGACACUCACGAUGCAGCUGUGCCCAACAUCGAUACCCGACAGAGGCCGAGGCAGGACGACGUAUAUGUGCCGCCGGUGCUGCUCCGCAAUGCCGUGACGCGCCAAAUACCUCGGUCGCCACCCCUUUCGUACGACUCGAGUCGGUCAAUGGCAUCUAUUCCUUCGUAUAAUAAUCCGCCGCCGCCUUACCAUCCUACAGACUCCGUGAGGUACGCCUUGUCCUCGCGUGUGAGUAUGUGGUGCGCAUAUACUCAAGGAGUCUUAGGAGUUCGGUCAGCAUACCAUGCGCUCCUAGACGUUGACCGUGGCUUGUCGGAAGGGCAUCGCACAUCUUUUAGCAAGACGCCAUUUCCUCGACAGAUCAUGGACUGGGAGUUGGAUCGGGGCACAGAAAAUAUGGGCGGGAUGAGGUGGGCUUGUGUAUAAGCAAACGCGCCUGUGCAUGACGUUUGGUGAGUAUGGCCAGCCUACAUUCUGUGAAUGAUGCUUUAAUGCUAUCCCACUACGCCAAGUGCAGAUAGCACGUCGUCAUCGCUCCCUUUUUCUAAUUUAUUCGGCAAAGCAAGAACAACAGCAGAUGCUGCUGCUUAUCAGGUAAGUACUUGUUCGCCGAUGCAUACGUUGGCUACCUCUUAC